CACGGGUACCGUGCUCGUGGGAUAUGGAAGAUCAUUCUCGAUAACGAGAACGGGACUGUGGCCCAGGGUCUCUGGAAUUCUUCCGCUGCUCUUGCGCACUCUUCACUCUGUACACGGAAUUUCUUUUGCUAAGAGCUCGUAUGUCUACCACAAUUCCUGAAACUCAGCUCGCUGUCCGAUGGUAUCCAGCAUCCUUCGACGUGCGCCUUGAAAACGUCCCAACUCCAAUGAUCGAGCAUCCUGACGACGCAAUCGUCAAAAUCACGUUCGCGGGCCUAUGCGGCAGCGAUCUGCACGUGUACAGAGGCCUCGAGGAUGUCCAUGAAAUUCACAUCUGUGGCCAUGAAUUCAUCGGACAUGUUGUCGCCCUUGGAUCUUCUUUCUCUCCUUUAUCUCCUCCAUCUCGCCCCGAACUCUACGCGACCCUCCAGGUUGGCGACAAAAUUGUUUCUCCCUUCACCACCUCCUGCGGAGAGUGCUCACCUUGCCGCCGCGGCUUCACUGCGCGCUGCACGUCCUCCUUCCUCUUCGGCACACCUGUGCUCCCAGGAGGUCAAGCGCAGUACACCCGCGUCCCCAAAGCGGGCGGAACGCUCUUUGUACUACCGUCCUCGAUCUCACCCAAUGCCUCUGCGCCAUUCCUAGACGUCGCGACUUUCAUGGCCCUCCCUGACCCUACACUUCUCCUUCUCGCAGACAUUCUUCCAACAGGUCUCUUCGUCGCCCUUCAAGCUCUCUCACACCCCAAGCUAUCGCCGUUCACCGCCAAUACGUCAUGGCCAAACACCAUGGAUGGCAUCCUGUAUUCACACAUCAGCACCAGCGCGGCACCGCUGAUGGAAGAUGACAGAGUGCUCACAAUAGGCGUCGUAGGUCUCGGGCCCGUUGGUUUGUGUGCGAUUCUGGCUCUCUUGGACCUUCUCGAGCAUCGUCAGCUUCCCACUCGCUUCCGAAUCGUGGCAAGUGACUUGAAUAAGUCACGCCGCGCUAAGAUGCAAAACAUGUACAAUGCUCUCCCGGCCCCCUCCAAGGGCCCUGUCGGCAGCGAAUUCAUCGUCUGCGGUGUUGAAAGCCUCCCUACAUGGGCGCGCCACGGUUGUCAUGCUGUCCUCGAGGUCGUCGGCACCCCUCCGGCGCUAACCCUGGCGCUUUCCCUCCUCGCUCCGUCCGGGGUGCUUUCCUCCUGUGGCGUGCAUCAGGCCCCUCCGAUCCCGUUUACCGGUCGCGAGCUCUAUAAUCUUAACGUGACCCUCGAGUUCGGGCGGUGCAGCGUGCGCGCUCUGUUUGGCGCCGCUGCCGGCCUCCUUGCGCGGCGGCGAGAUGUCCUCGGCGUGGUCGGCGAAGCCGGCGUCGUGGAGCGCGUGGUGUCCCUCAGAGACGCUGUCAGUGCGUACGAGAUGUUUGAACAAGGCCGAUGCGGCAAAGUUGUGUUUGACGCGUGGGCUUAGCGACGCAGCGGCUUCGAGUAUCAAUCGAGUGAGCGCAUUCGAUGCUCCCGCGUAGUCUUGCUAUGUUCCGGCUGGUGCAGUGCCCCAUGGGCUUGGUGUACUUUGAGGAAUCCAUCUUUUUAUUUCAUGGUGUG